UGUAUAAGUUAUCACGAACUUAUCAGAUACCAGCGCGCAAAGGCUUCUCUUGAUCUUAAAACGUCCACGACUAAAAAGCGACCAAUUUUUUUGGGUUGUAAGAAUUGAACUGAAGUGAUCAAAACAUUUGAGUUUCAUGGAUAUAAGGAACGAAUCUGUUAAUGCAACGCAGACUUCUCCUGCUAAAGGUUCAAAGAAAGAUGAGGUUUGGUUUUGGAUCAUCUUGGGUAUGAUUGGAGUGGUCGCAAUCGUUGGUAAUUCUGUAGUCAUCUUCUUAAUUGCAACUCGUCGAAGGCUGCAAACAACCUCCAAUAGCUUCAUUCUGUCCCUCUCGUGUUCGGAUUUACUAAUAUCCAUCACGACAAUACCGGGAGCUUUCAUUUGUGAUCUAUUAGGUGUACAGUGCUCUCUCAUAUUCUGGAACUUCUGCAAUUACUUUCUUUGUACGUCGGUGGUGAACGUGUGUGCAAUGGCAGGAGAUAGAUUUUGUCGAGUGGUAUUUCCUUUGCGCUAUCCCGUCUUAAUGUCUCCUAAACGAAUCACAUCAACUAUUUUUAUAGGAUGGACGCUGCCCAUAUUUCUAUAUCUCAUACCAUCUCUUUGCAUUACAUUGAUCUCAACUACCAAAGCCAAAGACGCCGAAAGGAUCUUCAGAGUUAUACAAAUAUUUACAUUUGCCGUUUUACCUUGUGUUAGUCUUUUGUUUGCCUUCGCCAAAAUAUCGCGCAUUACCCUAAAGCAUUCAAGGCAUCACCGAGUUCAAAUAAAGCAAGUCACCAGCAACUCGGCAAUUCCCCAACGGAAUGUUAGACAAGGGAGUCGAAAGUCUUAUUCCGUUCUUGUUCUUGGCGCAGUAAUCUUCUUCUUCAUAUUGUGCUGGUCUUUCACUAUCUACAGAGGUCUUUGCGACAGAUUCUCCUUGUGCAUUGUACCGCUCUCAAUGGUGUACGCCUCGAGGAUUUUUUUGGUGGGCAAUACCGCAGCUAAUCCAUUAGUGUAUGCUAUUCUUAAACAAGAUAUCAGAAGGGAGCUCAAUAUCACGUUUGCCUUCAUUAAAGGGAAUGACAUUCAAGUGCAAGAACUGAGGACGGAAACCCGAUUGGCUGGACAGUCACUGUAUUACUAGACGACCAGCACUGUUACAGUUAUGUGUAUCACACAGUUAGGGUGUUACUCAAUAAAUCUUAAAUUUUUCCAAGGGUGUUCUUCUCCGCGCCCUCUUCCUUUUGUCGUGUGCUUCUGUUCCUAUGAAAUCUGUAUCUACGAAGUGUUGGAGCCGGAAGAUCAAAGAACAGAACGGCGAAAAGCGUUCAACUACGAAUAGCAACGAGCGGAGGAGAAUUUGAAACAAAUUUAAAUAUGAAAACUAUAUAAGUUACAUCUUCGUACUCUUGAUAGCAUUUCAUGAAGAAUAACCUGACAUAGCAAAAGACGCUUAAUUGUAUUUAUGCUUUCAAGCGGUUUUCUAUCAUAAAAGUGUUUCUUGCAUGUCAAAAUACUGACACUUGGUAUAUUUGAGUUAAGACGGAAAACAAUUUGAGACCAACAUGAAACUGAGGAAAACUAUAUUACAGAUUUGCAUUGAUACUUAACCGAAAUCUCGGGGAACAAAGAUUUCGCAGAAUAUAAGGUGAAGAAAGAUAAAGAAUGCUAUUAUUAUUACUUCUUCAACGUUUUUAAGGAUACUUUUAAGGUAUUCCCUUGGAAACUUUCCUUUGGAGUAGAUCACCUCCCUAGGAAAGCUCUUAUAAUGUUUAUGAUUGGGGAGCUGUUCAAAAUCGAUACUCGAGCAAAUUUGAAUCCAAGUUUUUUUUAGAUUCAGUUUGAGAAAGCUGAAUUUCAUCGAGAGACGUUUUCAUUGUUAAAGUGUGUGUUAAUUCAAAAUAUGUUUCUUAGAAACCCUUUACAUGUUUUGACAACGUGUUUGCUCAAAUCAUACUUUUCUGUUGACUUAGUAUUUACAUAGCUUCCUUGCGCAUAUUUUAAAAACAAUGAUUUCUUAUUCCCAUGGCGUCUAUAUUGCCAUCAUAGUGCGUGUAAACAUCAUAUUAUAGAAAAAAAUGGAUCUAACGAACUGAAGUGCCUGAAUUUCAUUUUUCGUUUUGAGGACAGUUAACAUUUUAAAAAAUACCACGGAUCCUCAUUUGAAAAACUAUAACAUCGCUAUUUUCUGUAUAAGAUUGGAAUAAGUGCCCUCAUAAUGUCUCAAAGACGUUUAUUGUGUGUUGGCUUUUUUUAUUUAUUUUAUUUUAUUUUUAUUUUAUUAUCUUCUAAAAUAUAUAUUUUAAUAUAUACAUAAUUUAAAAAUUAUGUGGCUCAUGCAUAUGAAUUCUAAAUGCAAAGUAGACAGGUUGCGUUUGUCGUGUUAGUAAUUCGAUUAAAAAAAAUUCUGAGAAGUUUUUCCCCAUUCUUGUUCUUACGUAUUGGCUUUAAAUUUUUACUUUAAAAACCCCUACUUCCAGCUACCGCAGAAUGUAUUGGAUACCACUGAAAUAACA